CAUGACCAUAUCACAUGAACAGUCAUGUGAUAUUGAAUUGUUGAACCCACAGAUUCUGUAGUUGAACCCAAUUGUGUUUUUGCUUGCGUCUUUCGUCUGCAAGGAAAUUAUUUUGUCAUUUUAUGAUACUGAAAAGAGAGACAAGUUUCCGGUUAUGGUUGAAUCUUGAGGCGUGAUUCACACAGCAGACAUUAUCAUCAUGAAGAUUGUCUGUGUUUUCUUUGUCUCUUUUGUUUGUCUUCUGGAGAAAUUUGCUGAUGGAAAAAAAUCUCCUAAUAUAGUUUUUAUAGUCUCUGAUGAUUAUGGAUUCCGGGACAUUGGCUAUCAUGGUGCAGAAUUUGCAACACCUAAUUUGGACAAAUUAGCUGCUGAUGGUGUGAAGCUUGAAAAUUAUUAUGUCCAACCUAUCUGCUCCCCGACAAGAAGUCAGCUGAUGACUGGGAGAUACCAAAUUCAUACCGGUUUGCAACAUUCCAUCAUCUGGCCAUCUCAGCCAUAUGGAGUGCCUCUUGACGACCCUACGAUGGCAGAUUUCUUAAGAGGCCAAGGUUACUCAACACACGCUGUUGGCAAAUGGCAUUUGGGCCUGUAUAAGAAGGAGCAUACCCCACUACAUAGAGGGUUUGAUUCAUUUUAUGGUUACUGGACCGGUGGAGAAGACUAUUACAAAUACUAUGUCUGUGAUCGAUUCCACAACCGAACUAUCAGAGAUUUAAGUGCAUCCGGCUUUCUAUUGCCUGGUCAGAUUAAUAACCAGCAGGAUGUUGAGUGGUGCGGCUACGAUCUAAGGGAUGGCAAUGAGCCAGUUACUACGAUGAAUGGCACUUAUUCAACCCAUCUGUACACUAGAAAGUCCAUUGAGCUUAUUGAGAAGGCUUCGUCUUCAAAGCAGCCUCUCUUUCUGUACCUGGCUUAUCAAGCUGUUCAUUCUCCAAUGGAAGCGCCAGACAAGUACAUCAAACCUUAUUCUUUCAUAAAGAACAAGUACAGAAGGAUUUAUGCUGGAAUGGUGAGUGCGAUGGAUGAAGGCAUUGGGAACAUAACGGCUGCUCUGAAACAGAAUGGUCUAUGGGAGGACACUAUUCUCAUUUUUACAACAGAUAAUGGCGGUCAGAUCCUUGCUGGAGGUAACAACUGGCCUCUCCGGGGCUACAAACGAACCUUGUGGGAGGGAGGAAUGAGGGGUGUCGGCUUCGUCUCUGGACCUGCCCUGGGCCGCUCGGGUCAGAUUAGCAAAGAACUGAUGCACGUUUCUGAUUGGCUGCCCACUGUCGCUGAUAUGGUUGGUUCAAAGCUCAACUCUAGCUGGAAACCAGAUGGAGAAAAUCAAUGGCCAAUGAUCAGCAAAGGAAAACGCAGUGCUCGUAGUCAGAUUUUGCACAACAUAGAUAUCUGGACCCCUCUGAAAGGCAACAGGCUGUACAACAACACAUUUGACAACAGAGUCAGGGCAGCUGUCAGAGUAGGAGAUUACAAGCUGAUCACUGGAGAUCCAGGGGAUGACAGAUGGAUUCCACCACCUCAUGAAGAAAUUGACCUGAUGACUUCAAAGGAGAAAGUGACUGAUCCAGCUGAUACAAAAAAUUUGUGGCUUUUCAAUGUGAGGAAGGACCCCAGUGAAGUUAUUGAUCUCUCCUUGACCAUGCCGGAGAAAGUGGUUGAACUGCUGGCUGUUUUAGCCACUUACAAUGCGACUGCGGUUCCCCCAAAUUACCCGCCAUCAGAUCCGAACUGUGACCCAAAGCUGCAUGGAGGUUAUUGGGGACCUUGGGAAUAAUAGUAUAUGUGGAUGGUGUUGUGCUCUAACCAUAUAACUGGAAAAAAUGAAACCAUUGCUGGAGUCAAUGUGUGGGACGUUAAUAAAAAUCGGGAGUCAGCAUGUACCAUACGUAGUAUAAAAAGAUUGUGGGCUAACUUUUGUGUCUGCUCUCAUAAUUUAAAUCUGAUUUAUGAUUAUUAUUAUUAUUUUCCUUAUUGAUCAUAUUUUUAUUAUUCUUAUUAUUUUUUAUUUAUUUUAUUAGUAAUUUUUUUUUUACUGCUUAAAUUUUUUUAUAGAAACCAGUUAGACGAUUAGAGCAUGACAUCAUUGAUAUAUAUUUUGAUGGUACUGCUUUACUUCCAAGCUUCUAUUUAUUGCAAAUUCAGAAAUGCAAUCUAGAUGUGAAUUUAUUUAUUCAGUGGCUUGAAAUAGAUAAUGCAGCUUUAUGUAUUUUGAUAUACCAGCUUACCAUUUUGAUUUUUUAUAAAAAAUAAUUUCUUUAAAAGAUUAAGGUUAGCAGUGCAUGUCAUGACAUUUUUCCAUCGAAUCCUGUCACUGCAUUUAAAAUGUUUCCCCAACUCACAUAAGUUACGAUGUUUGAAAUAAGUCUUUACUGCCAAAAUAUGAGAUUUUGGUCACCUCAAAAUACUUCUAAAAAAUGAGCCAGUGCCUUACAUGACUCUAAUCGUGUGUUGACAGUUUGUUGCAUGCCUGCUUUUAGUUAGAUGCAUAAUCUCUGUAUAUUAAGUUGUUGGCUUUGAACUGAAUGCUUACAAGAUGCAUUGUUCUAACAUACAUGUAUAUUGUUUGAAGGAAAGAAAAGAAUAGAUUUUUUUUCUCGCGUACUUAAAAAAAAAAAGUAUUAAUGGUCAAAAUUGUGUUUAAGGGGGUGUAAAGCAUUUACAAACCAUGACAAUUUACAGUCAGAGAAAUCACAAUUGGUUUUUGACCUUCCACGUGAAACAACCUUAAUGAAUGUCACAAGUUAUAUUUACAUUUUACAGAAUGAACAAGUAAUAAGCAUGGUAGGUUUUUUUAAGAUAAAUUUAUCUUCAAAUGAGGGUUUCAGUACACUGUUGAUUGUUUAUUAUUAUUUUUAUGUUCCCGGUUUUUCAUUUUAAUUGUUACUCAUAAUUUUUGGGAGAUUUUUUUUAUCCUCUUAUUUUUUCCCGGGUUUUAUUCCUAAGUAGAAACUGGUGUUUGUUUCUAGCUCCCUCUACACAAAUCUAUAAAUUAUUCUCUUUUCUACAAUACAGCUGGUAAUCUUUUAACAUUCUACGUCGCUGUUUUUUUAACAUGUUCUUUUAAUGGGCUUUAGUCUGUAGUUCUUUCUUUUAUUUCAUGCCAUGAAUAAUGAUGUGAUUAGAGUCAAACCUUGUUAUACCGCCUACCUUGGGACAAGCAUAAAGUUGUCGGUACAGUGGGACUGGCGUUAUUUUGGGAUACCACUGAUUGCCAUCUUGAAUCUUGACUUGUGGGGGACCGGUAGAAACUAGAGACAAACUGGCCCGUCUUGCAUCAUCUAGUCUAGUUCUGUCUUGCAAAAUUGCUAUGCGCAGGCAAAGAAUAAAUAACGACAAGUUUGUGGAGAUGCAUGUUGAAAAGAUCAUUAGGUAGCCACUGUGUGGGUGCGGUGUGCCAUGUGUAGUGUAUACCUCUGGCUGUCAAUUUGCUGGCUGUACAGCGGAGCAAAUUUACAUUAGCUUAAUAAGGACAAUAAGAGUCAGACAUUUGGCGGAUGGCUGUGUGAAGGCGCAAAUACUAUGUUUAUAUAAGCAUUCCUUUUUGUACCUUGGCAAAACUUGGCGGUAUAAUGAGGGGCAAUACAACCCCGUUUAACUGUGCAAUAUAUUUUUGCUAUUUCUAUUGUAUGAACUAUCAGUAUAUAUAUUUUACAACUCUGGAAAAUGUCAUCUAUGAUAGUUUAACCACUGUAGUCAGUAUUAUUUUUAUCUAUGUAUACCAGUACUUUAAAUUAUUGUCUUUUUUACCACCUAGUCUGGUUUUUCCUUUUGGUUUGUGGCGAGAUUUUAUGAUUUCAAGAAUACUAUUGCUAGAAAAUAUCAUACUUACUAAAGGUGUUGUUUACUGGAAUAAUAACGUUUUGUUUUAAUGAAAAACAUCCACUUGUGCUGAAGUCUAAAUUGGUCACUUUAUAUCAAAAAGAAAUUAAAUCAAUUGAGGAUUGCAGUUCAGUGGAAAAAAGAGUAACAUUAAAAUAGAAUUAUUAGUACCUCCUUUCAGUUUUAGUUCUUAUUCAUCCCUCUCCCACUCCACCUCCUUCUCUUAGUUCUUUAAAAGUAUACGGCCUUGGUAAUUUGUUGCAAAAAUACUCAUUGUAGUAAUUAUUUUCAUAUAAUAACUCUUUUCUCAAAAUCUCUUACUUGAAGACAGAUUCGUUUCUUUAUCAUUUCAUUAUAAAAUGAGUUGGUAUGAUUUUUUAUACUAAUGUUAUGCACAAUUUUUCAAGAAUAUGUCCUUAAUUUUUACAGGCUAUUCUCUCUCAUUCCAUUUUUACAAAGAUGUGAUUAUUGAAAUUAUAAAUGAUUUAAUAAAUUGUAGGCUUUGUACUCACGCUGAGGUUUUACUUUGUUGACAAUUAUUGAUGGAUUCUGAACAGCUGGUGUUGAGCUCAAAAUUUUUUUUUAACAUUGUCCAUUGAAUAAAGAGUGGGUUUCGAAUUCAA